UGCGUUAGUGCGUUUGAGUCGAGAGGAGGGAGUUACGGUUCUCGUUUGAAAGCCAAGGGGCAACACAAAAAUAAAGUAUUUGGCAACACUCCUGAGACGGGACAACAAGCAAAUAACAGUAGACUUCGUGUAAGCAUUCGACCUGCAAAACGUUUGGCAGCAUUCUCAAGAAUCAGUCGAGUUGUUGUUUUGAAGCAAGUUUCCUUUUGGACCGCUUGGAAUAGGUUUCUUUUCUCUGGAACUAUUGGUUCCUCGCGCAGAAGCGGAUUGAUUCAAACCCAAGGAGAAAGGGCCAGUCAAGGUGGAAGUUUGAAUUGAUCAUGACAUCCUUUGACCUGUGGGGGAGCAGUGAACUAUUCUCCUCUGGAGUAUGGGCCCUGAGAAACCUGAUCCACAGGAUGCCGACCACCCCUCCCUCCUCCCUCGACGCCCACCCACCAGCUUUCCCGCCCUUUUCCUUUACCACACCACCCGCCCCCCCCUGUUCCCCGUACCCCUCCCCACCAUGCUCACCAGGGCCUGGGGUGAAGGGGAUUGGAGGGUCCGGAGGGGUGACCCUGCGUUCUCCAGCCACUCGUCACCUCACACACCUGGACCCCUGGAGGAGGCAUAGCUGGGAGCCCGGGGCUGUGGUGACAGUGCAGCAGCAGGGGAUGGAGCCCAGCGACAACCACAGUGUGAGUCUGGAGAACCUGGAUCCGGAGGAGAUGGAGAAGGUUCUGGGAGCGGCGCUGGGCGUCCGGCGAGUGGGCAGGAACCCCAUCACUCAGGAGGGCUCCUUGUCUUCCCUCACGGAGGAGGAGGCAGGGUCCGACCUGCAGCACUACUCCGUAUUGGAGGAACAGUCCAACCAGCUGCAGGGCUGCAGUGCGUCGGCCCCAACCCUCAGUGUGGUUCGUCGCAGCAACCCUCCCAGCACGGGCCCCCGACCAGGCUCCAACUGCUACGAGACUUUACCCUACAGUCAAAUUGGAGGAUCCACACAGAGUGUGGAUAGGGACCUGGGUCUUCUGCUCUGGGGGAGAGAGGGAAGCUGGACGGAGGUCACGAGAGACGAGGCCCAGGAGGAGGUGACAGGCGGCCCUUUUGUGCGCACCUUCAGUUUCCUACGCAAGAUGGCCGGCAACCGCAAGAAUAAGGAGAAGGAACGCAUGAGGGAGAGGGAGAAGGAGGCGCGGGACAGGGAGGCGCGCUACAGCAACGGGCAUCUCUUCACCUCCCUCACCGUGUCGGGGACCACCCUCUGUUCAGCAUGCAACAAGAGCAUCACUGCCAAGGAGGCCCUCAGCUGCCCCACCUGCAGUGUAACCAUCCACAACCGCUGUCGAGACACGUUGCCAAACUGUGCCAAAAUGAAACAGAGGCAACAGAAGAUGGCUCUCAUGAGGAACAACUCAGCUCUGCAGAGCGUGACCCUUCGUACCAAAACCCCCAUGAUGAGGGAACGCCCCAGCUCCGCCAUCUACCACUCUGACAAUCUCCGCCAAUCCUUGCUGGGCUCGCGCCGUGGACGCUCCGGCCUUUCCCUCUCCAAGAGUGUCUCCACCAAUAACAUUGCAGGGAACCUGAAUGAUGACUCUCCCUUGGGGCUGCGCAGGAUCCUGUCCCAGUCCACAGACUCGCUCAACUUCAGGAACAGAGCUAUGUCCAUGGAGUCGCUCAACGACGAGGGAGAAGUGUACUACGCCUCCAUGCUGGAGGAAAUGGAGAUUGAGGGGCGGGAUUUUGAGGCGGACUCAUGGAGCAUGGCGGUGGACUCCGGCUACCUGCAGACGCAUCGCAAAGACAUUAUCAAAAGGCAGGACGUCAUCUAUGAGCUGAUCCAGACAGAGCUGCACCACGUGCGGACACUUCGCAUUAUGGAGCGGGUGUUCCGCCAGGGCAUGCUGGAGGAGGUGCAGCUGGAGCCGGGCGUGGUGCACGCCAUCUUCCCCUGCCUGGACCGCCUCACUGGCAUCCAUGUACGCUUCCUGGCACAGCUGCUCACACGACGCAACCACAGCCUGCAGACUGGCAGCACCUACAACUUCACUAUCCACCAGCUGGGAGAUGUGCUGCUGGAACAGUUCUCGGGCCAGUGUGCUGACGAGAUGAGAAAGACCUACGCUGAGUUCUGCAGCCGCCACCUGAAGGCUGUCAAGCUGUACAAGGAGCUGCUGGCCAGAGACAAGAGGUUCCAGUACUUCAUACGGCGGGUGUGUCGGGGUCACCUGUUGCGUCGCCAUGGCGUCCAGGAGUGCAUCCUGUUGGUCACUCAACGCAUCACCAAGUACCCUGUCCUCAUCCAGCGUAUCCUUGACAACACCAAGGACAAUGAAGAGGAGGCCUCCUGUCUGACCCAGUCUCUGACCCAGAUCAGGGAGCUACUUAGCUCAGUGGACCAGCAGGUGAUGGAGCUGGAGCGGACUCAUCGGCUGCAGGAGAUCCGGGCCAGGCUGGACCCACGGGUCGAGGCCAAGGUGAGGGACGGGGGCCUUUUCAGGGGAGGAGAGUUGCUCCGCAGGAGACUCAUCCAUGAGGGAACGCUGCUCUGGAAGACCCCUGGGUCCAGGCUCAAAGAUGUGCAGGUCCUGCUGAUGACAGACAUCCUAGUGUUCCUACAGGAAAAAGACCAGAGGUUCAUCUUCCCUUGUCUAGACAAGUCUCCGGUCCUCUCCCUGCAGAACCUCAUGAUUAGGGAGAUAGCCAAUCAGGAGCGAGGGCUCUUCCUCAUCAGUGACUCCUCUCCUCCGGAGAUGUACGAGGUCCAUGCUGCCUCAAAAGAUGACAAGAACACCUGGAUACGCAUCAUACAGCACACUGUCAGCAGUUGUCCUUCCAGGGAAGAGUUCCCACUCAUAGAGACUGAAGACAAGGCCCUUCUGAGACGACUGAAAGCGGACAUCCAGCAGAAGGAUCGGGAGGUGCUGGAGCUGCUCCAGGAGCGGGUCACAUUGUUCUCGGACCUGGCUGAGGUGACGGGGGGUCAGGAGGUCAUGCUGCCGGGGGGCCCCAACUCCCGGAACCUGUUCCGGGCCGACACACCCCAUGCGCCACUCGGCGAGAGAUUGCUCACUGAUGCCAUCGCAGAGGUGGAUAGGCUGAGUGAGCUACUCCUGGGCUCCACCUUUGAAAUGCCUCUGCCCUGCAGUUUCAACGGUCACCCGAACCACACAGGGGCACUAGUGAUCAACGGUCAGGAGGUGGUUGUCAAUGGAACGCACGGGUCCCCAGCAGCAAAGGACCGGAAUGGGAAUCAGGCUGGAGAUAGGCCCUCAACUGAGGAAGCAUAUCAGAGGCUGGUCAACCUUAGUGCCUACCUUCAUGCCCUCCAGGGCACCGUGAUCAAGCAGGACUCCAUCCUGGAGCUCUGCCUACGCUCUGAAGGCCCACCAGUCGAUACCCCGACCACGCCCACCGGACGGGUCUGGCACUCCCUGUCACGUGACGCGGGCAUGGCUGAGGCCAGCACGGGGGUGGCCAUCGGGGAGCUGGCCCUGCUCCAGAGGCAGCACAGCCUCCUGCAGGAGGAACUCAGUAGGCUGCGGGGUACCGAGGGCCGCCUGAGGGAUAGCGAAAAGGCCCGCGCCCAGCUGGAGAGGCAGGUCCGCGACAUGAAGGCCCACAGUGCCACUAUGAUGGACAGUGUGGGAACUGCAGGCUCAGAGCAGGCUCCACCCCUUCGCAGAGCAAGUGAAACCAACGCAGACACCCAAUUGGCCAGCCAGGAGUCAAUCGAGCAUUUUGAAGGGCAUCAUGAUGGCAGUGACCUGGAGGUGGAGGUGACGUCAGAUGAGGAGGAGGAGGAGGCCAAAGCAUCACCACGCUCGGAGAGUCCCCAUGAUCUUCAGGACAUUCCAGAGGAGAGCGAAGCCACAGCAGAACUACCACGAGAGCCUGACGUGUCACACUGCUCCCCUACUCUCAAAAAUAGGCCGACGAGGACAACAGAACUGAACUUGAAAUAGUCUUCCUCUUUUUACA